AUGUCCUACAUUUAUUUGGAAUUGCUUUUCAAGCAGAUUUACCCGUGUGAUCCCUUUCCAAUCGAUGUGAUCCAGGAAAAUUAUGUCCGUAUUGUGAGAAACUGCAUUUUUUCAGUUGUCUACCCUACACCUUUUAAAUCUAGAGUUCGUCUUGUAGCUGCUUCUAAGGAAGUUCUUGAAAAUAUUUUGGAUCUUGAUAUAUCUGUCAAAGAAACAUCUGAUUAUCUUCAGUUUGCCAGUGGUGGGAAAGUGAUUCUCGGGUCUGUUCCAUUGGCCCAUAGAUAUGGGGGUCAUCAGUUUGGGAGCUGGGCAGGUCAGCUGGGUGAUGGAAGAAUCCACUUGAUUGGAGUGUAUACAAACAGGCAUGGUGAGAGGUGGGAACUACAACUAAAGGGGUCAGGAAAGACCCCAUACUCCAGGAAUGGUGAUGGCAGAGCUGUGCUUCGCUCUUCUGUGCGAGAAUUUCUGUGUAGUGAGGCUAUGCACUAUCUUGGAAUUCCUACAAGCAGAGCUGCUAGCUUAGUUGUAAGUAAUGAUGAUGUGUGGAGAGACCAGUUUUACAAUGGAAAUAUUAAGAAAGAAAGAGGUGCUAUAGUGCUACGUCUUGCCAAGUCAUGGUUUCGUAUAGGAUCCUUAGAAAUCUUAACUCAUUCUGGGGAACUGGACUUACUAAGAAAAUUGCUAGACUUUAUAAUCCAGGAACAUUUUCCAUCAAUAGCCAUGAAUGAUUCAAAUAAAUAUCUGGAAUUUUUCUCUACAGUCGUGUCAGAGACUGCAGAUCUGAUCGCAUUGUGGAUGUCUGUGGGGUUUGCACAUGGUGUGUGCAAUACAGAUAACUUCAGUUUAUUAUCCAUAACAAUAGAUUAUGGUCCAUUUGGAUUUAUGGAAUCCUAUGAUCCAAAUUUUGUUCCAAACACAUCUGAUGAUGAAGGGAGAUAUAAAAUAGGAAACCAGGCAAAUGUUGGGCUGUUUAAUCUGAGCAAGCUUUUACAAGCUCUAAAACCUUUAUUGGAUUCCAGGCAAAAGCAGCUAGCUUCCCAGAUUUUGGAGGGGUACAGUGAGCGCUAUUACACCCGUUUCACAGAACUAUUCAAAACAAAAUUGGGUCUUCUUGGGGAGAAUGAGGAUGACAACUAUUUAAUUGCUUUCCUCUUAAAACUUAUGGAAGACACAAAGGCUGAUUUUACAAUGACAUUUCGACAGCUCAGUGAAAUUGCUGCUGACCAGUUGAAGGGGCUUCAUAUUCCUGAGGAGUUCUGGGCUCUGCAGGAUCUGAGCAAACACAAGUUAUUUUCAGAGUGGGUUACUAUGUACCUCUUGAGAUUAAGUCGUAACAAGGGUGAUUCAGACACUAAGAGAAGAACAAGAAUGACAAGUGUUAAUCCUAGAUACAUACUCAGGAAUUGGAUGGCAGAAUCAGCAGUGCAAAAAGCUAAUUUGAAUGAUUUCUCAGAGGUGAAUCUCCUGCAGCAGAUUUUACGACACCCCUUCCGGAGACAGCAGGCUGCAGAGGAAGCAGGGUACUCCCUGCAACCCCCAGCUUGGGCCAAGGAUUUGAGAGUAAGCUGCUCAUCCUGA